UGAAAUAAAUCCAAAGAGAAAUUGGCUGCAUUGUCCAAGCGUCGUUCUUUGUCCGUCCAGGGAGACGGCGAUGUUCAGGUCAGCCGUUCUCCGCCGCCUCGCUCUGCCGACGGCUCCACACUUCGCCGGCGCCCUAGAAAAAAGCUUUCAGAUCCACCGCUCCUCCUUUCUUAAGCACUCCUCGGGUAGCUUCUUAUCCCGACAAACCCUAACAUGUAAAGCCCCACUCUUCAUCUUCUCCACGGCUAAUUUUUCUUUCAGCCCAAGCAGACCUUAUUCUGAUGUUCAUCUCCUUACAAUUACAGACAACGAGAUCAAAUGCGGCGUGCAUGACCAGGAAAUGGCUGAUGUUAUUGAACAAGAAGGGGACGGUUUGGGGUUCUGCAGCAUCGCUCGUAAAGAUGAUACUGUUAAUGAUAAAGCAACUGUUAGGGAGAACAAGAGGAAGAUUAUUUUCUAUGAAGAGUCCAGUUUCAGGCAAGAAGAACAUGUAGAACAUCGUCGGAAGCUAAAGCACAAGGAGGAAGGAAAGGACGAGCGUUUCCAUCUUCUGAAGAGUCGAGGCCAACACCUUCUUACCAACCCACGAGUUCUCGACUCCAUCGUUCGGAAAGCUAAAGUUUUGCCUGAUGACAUUGUUCUAGAGAUCGGUCCCGGCACAGGAAAUUUGACCGUUAGGCUGCUCGAGUGUGCCAGGAAGGUUGUUGCUGUAGAGAUUGAUGACCGAAUGGUCGAUGCUCUUCUCAGCCGAGUUUCCAGACUCGGUCUGGCAGACAAACUCGCUGUUAUCACAGGAAAUGUGCUGAGGAUGGAGCUCCCUCAUUUCGAUGUCUGCGUGUCGAAUAUUCCAUACGGAAUAUCGUCCCCAUUGAUAGCAAAAAUCUUCCUCAGUUCAUAUAAGUCUAGUUUUCGAAGUGCGACUCUGUUGCUUCAGAAGGAAUUUGCUCGUCGUCUUCUCGCCAAGCCGGGAGAGUCUGAUUUCAACAGGCUUGCUGUGAAUGUAGGCUUGGUGGCAUCAGUUGAAUUUCUUAUGAAUGUCAGCAAGAAAGAUUUUGUUCCUUCUCCCAAGGUUGACUCCUCUCUUGUUCAAAUCCAGCCCAAACUUAAUAUACCAGAUAUAAAUCUAGAUGAAUGGCUGGGAUUCACUAGAACUUGUUUUAGUCAGAGAAACAAAACUCUCUCUGCAAUUUUUAAGCAGAAGAAGAAAAUCAUGGAAUUAUAUGAGAAGUCCCAAGUAAAUGGCAUAAAAUGUAAAAAUCUCGAAUGUGAAGGUGGGGUUAGCAAUUAUGAUAUUGAUGGGAAUGAUGAAUCUGAUGAUGGUGAGAUAGGAGCAAGCAGUUUAGAGUUGAAGGGUGAAGAUUCAACCAAAUUUCUUUGGUUUAAAGAGAAGAUUAUGAGGAUAUUGAAAGAUGGAGGUUUUGGUGAUAAGAGGAGUUCCAAGCUAUCCAAUGAAGAGUUCUUGUGUUUGCUUCGGAUUUUCAACAAAGAGGGUGUGUUCUUUCGUUAGUGAAAAAUUAUUAGCGUGGUAAGUGGGCCUCACUCAUCUAAAAAACUUGGAACCAUUAUAUUAUAAUGGGUCUCACUUGCCACGUGACAAGUGGGCCUCACCCUUUUAAAAAAUCUGCAAAUUAUAGUGGAGCCCAUUUGCUACAUGACCAGUGCCCAAAGGACUCCAUACGCAAGUUUACGUUUAGUGUUCUGAUGGAAUGAGCGUUCUUCAUUAGGAGCUAUUAUGACUUGUUUUCUCGCCGAUUUACUCUUUGCUUUAGUUUUUUUUUUUAAGCGAUACAUCUUUUCAUGUAUGGGUAAGAUUUAGGUUUGGGACAUGUAAAUACAUACGA